AUGAAGAUCAAGAUUAAUUGGUUUAUAUUAUUCUACCUUUCGUUAGGCUUAAGUUAUACUAAAAUUGAUAAUCGCAAUAAUAAAGCACCUCAGUUAAUCAUAUUCCUUGAGGAUAGAACAUAUGAGGGAGAUAUAACUAAGGGAUUUCAUUCCGAUCUUAAUCUUAACUUUACGCUAGAAGAUUGUAAAGCAAUGAAACUUUGUCCUUCAAACAUGGAAUACGGUGAAGAAUUCACUAAGAAUUUAUUAAAUUUGGAUAUGUUCGAAGUUCUUACUUUUACAUUGAACAAGAAUGAAGAUGAGCUAAGACAACCUAUUAACGAUACUUCUUACUGGUUUGAAUACUCUCGUAACAAGUUCAGGGGUAAGGCCAUUGGCAAGAAUGUUAAGCCAAAAGACUUCCAUCGUGUAGAUAAACACAAAUUAAUUUUUACGGUUCCUAUUUAUCUCGUAUGUUCUCUUGUUGCUGCUGUUGUAUAUCUUAAUAAGAGAAAGUUGCUUGCCACAAUGAAUUUUAAAUUCUCGAACAUUUCUAGGAUUUUAUUCAAAUAUCUAUCUGUCAAAUUAGUUUUUGGUAUCUCUUAUCUAACGUACUUAGUCUUGUUUGAUAAUUUUGCAAUGAUACACUUAGGAAAUUCUAAAGUUCUUGCUCUAUUGGCAAUAUUCAAAUACGUUUUGAAUCUUACAAGUUUCCUUUUGGUGGUUCUUUUUGCUUUUGGUUAUUGUACUUCGUUCUUUACAUUUACCAAUAGAAGACCUGUAUUAUGGAAAGUGUGUGGCCUCACCUUAUUAAAUGGCAUUCAAAGCUUUCCAAAGUGUUUCUAUGAACUACAGGAUAUUAGAAAUACCGAUAACCUCAGACAUGUUCAAUACUUCGAAAGCAGACUACCUGUUCCUGUGGCAGUUGCUUUUAUAAUAUUAUACAUUGUAAUCCUAUGUGUCACCGCAUACAUCGCAUAUGGUACAUACAAGCAUGCUCAUAAGAGGGAUGCAAGGUUUUUGCUUUCGUUUCAGAUAAUACUGGCAGCUUAUAUCUUAUCUCCAUUUAUAGUUGUUCCUUACAGACGUUCAACGAUGCCAAAUUUUAUAAGAAACAAAUAUUUGCUAAAUGACGGUCGAGCAUUUGAGUCUUAUUCACGAGGUGUUCAUGUCCCUGAUGUUAUUGAAUUGUUUGUUAUUGGAGUGUUGAUUUAUAUCUGGAGAGAUUUGAAAUACGUAGAAAAUGAUGAUGAUGCCUAUGAUAAGCUUGACAAUGAUGAAUAUGAAUUAGAAGAAAAUCAUUAG